ACAAGCAGUCCAUGGCCCAGCGCGCCCGCACCAUGGCCCUGUACAACCCCAUCCCGGUGCGGCAGAACUGCCUCACCGUCAACCGCUCGCUCUUCCUCUUCAGUGAGGACAACGUGGUGAGGAAAUACGCCAAAAAGAUCACCGAAUGGCCUCCUUUUGAAUACAUGAUUUUAGCCACCAUCAUCGCGAACUGCAUCGUCCUGGCGCUGGAGCAGCACCUGCCCGACGAGGACAAGACCCCCAUGUCGGAGCGGCUGGACGACACGGAGCCGUAUUUCAUCGGCAUCUUCUGCUUCGAGGCGGGGAUCAAGAUCAUCGCGCUGGGCUUCGCCUUCCACAAAGGCUCCUACCUGCGCAACGGCUGGAACGUGAUGGACUUCGUGGUGGUGCUCACGGGCAUCCUGGCCUCGGUGGGUUCCCAGUUUGAUCUGCGGACGCUGCGGGCGGUGCGAGUGCUGCGACCCCUCAAACUGGUGUCGGGGAUCCCAAGUUUACAGGUCGUGCUCAAGUCCAUCAUGAAGGCGAUGAUCCCCCUGCUGCAGAUCGGGCUCCUGCUCUUCUUCGCGAUCCUCAUCUUCGCCAUCAUAGGAUUAGAGUUUUAUAUGGGCAAAUUCCACACCACCUGCUUCGACCUGGUCACAGACGAGAUCAAGGUGGAGGUCCCGUGCGGGACGGACGAGCCGGCCCGGAUCUGCCCCAACGGCACCAAGUGCAAGAAAUACUGGGAAGGGCCCAACUACGGCAUCACUCAGUUCGAUAACAUCCUCUUCGCCGUGCUCACCGUCUUCCAGUGCAUCACCAUGGAAGGGUGGACCGACCUCCUCUACUAUAGCAACGACGCCUCAGGAACACUUGGAACUGGCUCUACUUCAUCCCCCUCAUCAUCAUCGGCUCCUUUUUUAUGCUCAACCUCGUGCUGGGGGUCCUGUCCGGGGAGUUUGCCAAAGAGCGGGAGCGGGUGGAGAACCGGCGGGCGUUCCUCAAGCUGCGGCGGCAGCAGCAAAUCGAGCGGGAGCUCAAUGGAUACAUGGAGUGGAUCUCCAAGGCGGCGCGGCUCCUCCUCUUCCCCCUCGAGGCCCCGCCCCCUGCGCACGUGA